AUGCAUCCUAUGAACGAAUGAUUCAUAAAUGCACCCUAAUUCUUUAGUGAAAAAAUUAAGUUAUGUCGACAUGGGUAUAUUCCACACAGCUGUUUGGGUUUGCUUUUUUGUGUUUUGAUUACGAUAUAUAUGAAUUGUGCGAAUAUAUACACAUUUUGUCUAAUUUAAACAUAUAAAUAAAAAAAACCUUUCUAUAAACAUGGAGGAAACAGGUGCGAAGAAACGAAGUAAUUCAGAAGAAGUUGGAGAUCAAGUCCAAAAGGAUGCUAUAGAAGCUGAUGACGAUGAUGAUGGCUGGAUUGGUCCUAUGCCAGGAGAACAGUCGGCCGCAUCAAAGCCGAAAAAGCGGAAGGUAUUACCUUACGAAAAAGUGUAUUUAGAAAACCUCCCGAAUGCUGAAAGCUAUGAAAAAAGCUACAUGCAUCGCGAUAUAAUAACACAUGUGGUGAGCACCAAGACAGAAUUCAUUGCGACAGCAAGCUUCGAUGGACAUAUCAAAUUUUGGAAAAAAAUGGAGGAAGGCAUUGAAUUUGUAAAGCAUUUUCGAAGUCAUUUAAUGCCGAUCAACUCUUUAACCACCAACACGAGUGGUACACUCCUCUGUUCAGCCUCUGCAGACAAAUGUGCUAAAAUAUUUGACGUUGUCAACUUUGAUAUGAUAAACAUUAUCAAACUGGGCUUUACACCAUUAUGUACAGAGUGGAUACAUUCUCCCGGUGAUGCCGUGCAUAGUAUAGCAGUCGCUGACAAAGAUAGUAGCAAAAUUUGUAUUUAUGAUGGGCAAGGCAAUGGCAACGUACUGCACAUCCUAGAUAAACUGCAUUCCGCGCCAGUAGUAGCAAUGUGUUACAAUUUGUCUUUUGAAACAGUUAUUUCAGUAGAUAAAAAUGGAAUACUUGAGUACUGGCAAAACUCUAAGCACGACUUCAAAUUCCCACAAAAAAUCGUAACGUUCGAAUCUAAGUUGGACACAGGUCUCUUCGAAUUUGUGAAAAAUAAAGCGCUUGUCACUGGUCUUGCCGCAUCGCCGGAUGGUCGCAGGUUCGCAACUAUUUCAAAUGACCGGAAAGUCAGAGUCUUCCAGUUUAUCACAGGAAAGUUGAUACGCGUUUUUGAUGAAGCUCUGACAACAUACACACAAAUGCAGCAGACCCCACAUGCUUUGCCAAACAUGGAAUUCGGGCGCAGAAUGGCUGUGGAACGUGAUUUGGAUAAGUCUGAAUACAAUACAAGCAACAAUAUACUAUUCGAUGCCAGCGGACAUUUCAUGAUGUAUCCAACCAUGUUAGGUAUUAAAGUUAUUAACGUUGAGACCAAUAGAUGUGUGUCAAUACUGGGCAAAACUGAUAAUAUACGCCCACUGCAUAUAGCCUUAUUCCAGGGUAAAGCAAAAAAAUCUAAGGCAGCUAUUACACUAGAACAAGAAGCUAGCGACAAUCCUACACUGCAAUCCUUAGCUAAUGAUCCCACGGUGUUUUGUGCCGCUUACAAAAAACCACGUUUUUAUCUAUAUAGUCGACGGUUACCAUCUGAUUUACAAGAUGUGGAUAGAGACGUAUUCAAUGAAAAACCUUCAAAGGAAGAUAUAAUCGCUGUUCCAGAAGGCCAAGAUGAAGGAACACAACGUGUCUAUGAAAAUGCUGUUUUACAUACGACAAUGGGCGAUAUACACAUGAAACUUUUCUUCAAGGAAUGUCCAAAGACAGUAGAGAACUUCUGUGUUCAUUCUAAAAAUGGUUAUUAUAAUGGUCACAUUUUCCAUCGAGUCAUAAAAGGUUUUAUGAUACAAACUGGGGACCCUACUGGUACUGGCACUGGUGGUAAAUCGAUUUGGGGACAUGACUUCAAAGACGAGUUUGUAUCUAGUCUAAAACAUGAUCGUCCUUAUACCGUAAGUAUGGCCAACGCUGGACCCAACACGAAUGGCAGUCAAUUUUUCAUAACUGUCCUACCGACGCCAUGGUUAGAUAACAAGCAUACAGUUUUUGGGCGCGUAUUUCGCGGCAUGGAAGUGGUACAAAACAUUUGCAACGCAAAAGCAAAUCCUAAAACUGACAAACCAUAUGAUGACAUUAAAAUUAUAUCGAUACGACUAAGUAAUUAAGAAAUACAAAAAAAAUGUGUAUGUCCUACGAGGGCGGAGAAACCCUUUCUAACUCCUUAACAAUCAAACAGGGAGCACACACAGAAAUAUCAUCCAACAAACCUCCCAACGAGUAAUAAGAGAAUAAGUACUCCCAUAAAUCCUAAAUUUUGUUUUUUUUUCGGUUUUAGCAAUUUUAAAAUAUCUUCCAAAAGAACGCCAAAAGAGGUCAGUCGCAUGAACAAUCGAUUUUGUUCAGCUAAUCUAUUUUAAUCUUCAGUCAUUAAGUACAUUAAAACACACAUAAUAAUAAAUAAAUAUGUAGUUGGCGUAGUGCAUACCGAUAGAUCUUGUUCAAAUAUUCGCGGCAUGCCUGUUUCCUUUUAAAACUUAUUUUCCGUAAGAUUUUUGUUUCAUACUGUUCUUCUCUUAUGAUAACUUAUUCCAAAGGCAGACAACUUCCUUUAAAUUACAGUACUUUUGGCUCUAAAAUCAUUUAAAAAGAACACUCCUUGAUUACUCUGAGUCAUCGCUUUUUGCUCUUAAGCGAUUAAUACAGGAGUACAAAACCAAAAAGUCUCUCUUAUUGCUCCGAAACCAAGCCAAAGGGAUUUCUCAUUUAGGGAGAUCGCCCUUAAAGCUUGGUGGUGUUCUAAAUAUAUAUAUAUAAUAAAAUUUAAGGUUUCAGCUGCUAAAACAAUAUUUUUGUUAAUCCACAAUUUACUUACCAUCUAAAAUCCAAUCGAAAUAAAAACGGAAUAAUGAUUAGUGCUA